CUUAUGGUUCUCAGGUUUUCAUUGUGAAAGAUGGGAUUGCCAGGUGUAAUACUGUUCACGUUAUUUUGUAUGCAUGUAAUUCAGAUUUCAAAUUGCCAAAAAACUGGGUUUGCUAUCACAUCUAUAACGUCUCCUGCUGCAGCUCAGUUAAAUGUGAAAUGGACGGCAUAUCCUGGUGCAACCUACUAUUUUCUGGACCUAAGAGUGCUAAACAGCAAUACUAUUGCUCCGGUGGCAAUUAUGGUCCCAGGAACAGCUAUAACAAAACUGGUCCAAGGACUUAGAGCUGGCAGUGAUUAUAAUGUUACAGUAAAAGCUACCACGGGCAUAAAUUACAAUGUAGUUGCUUCUGCAUGGAAGCUGGCAACAACAGUUCCUGGUUCCCCACAGAUCAUUCAAGCAGAUGCAUCUUCAAGCUCCUCCAUCUCCGUCCAGUGGUCUUCCUCACCAGGAACUUCUUAUUAUAUACUCCAGGUUGUAUCUAUAAGCACAACUCAGAGGCUAAACCUAACAGCCAACAGUCUGGCCUACACGGUGGUCUCUCUGCAAUCCUCCACAUCGUACAGUUUGAGUGUCUAUGCGGUGAAUGAGGCAGGUGCAAGUGCUCCGAGCAAAGUCAAAAGUGUCACCACGUUGGUGCACCCACCAAAAAAUGUCAUUGUCAACCAAAUAAAUGCAAGUGCGGUGGUCAUUGGCUGGGAGCCAGUUGAUAAAGUACUUGUAUAUGGAAUAUCAAUUUACAAAAAUGGAGACCUUACCAAAGCGCCAGUCACUCUCCAAACAUCAAGUACAAAUAUUGUCAUCAAUGAGAUUUUCCCAUGUACCCAAUAUAUAUUUGGUCUGAGGUCUGCCAACAACUUUAUGGUGUUUGGGGAGGAAAUUUAUACCAGGUUUCUGACUGGCAAUUUAAACCCUGUCUCAGGUAUUCAAACAAAAUACAACUGUGCUGGUGGAUUUGUACUUGUGACAUGGCAGCCCAGCUUUGGUGCUUCCUCCUACAAGGUCUCUGCAGUUCAACAGAAUGGAUCUACCUUCACCUGUACUUCUGAAACCACCCGUUGCCUUAUGUAUGGGCUCACCUGUGGAAAAACAUUAACUGUACGGGUUACUGCAACAUUGAACAACUGUGAGAGCAAUGUAAAUUCUGUGGCUGUAUUUGAAACAGGACCUUGUGCACCUUCAAAUUUAAGUUUUUAUCGGGACUGCUACAGCAAUGCAGUCAUUUUUUCUUGGAACGCAUCUCUGUAUGCAGCCUACUACUCGGCCAUUGCUGUGGCUUCAAAUGGCACAGUAGUUGAGUGCCGGACAGUAGAUACCUCCUGUUUCUUUACCAAUUUCACAUGUGGAAUGGGAUAUGUGCUGACAGUCUCUGCAUACAACAGCUACUGCAACAGCAACAGAAGUGCAUCAAUCCGAGUGCAAACAGCCCCAUGUGAGCCUCACAACGUUAAAAUCAGAGCAGACUGCCAGAUGGACAUGUUGGUGGCCCAGUGGGAUUAUGCGGCUGGAGCUUUGUCUUACACCAUAGAAGCUACUAGCAACAAUGGACAGCAGUACAACUGCAGCUCUUUCAUGAACAGUUGUGUCAUACCCGAGGUCAACUGUGGGGAAAGCCUAAAUGCCUGGAUUAUCGCCUCAGAUGAUGAAUGCAAUAAUUCCAAAGCUCUCAGUGAAGUGGUGGAAACUGUGCCAUGCAGUCCCAGCGUUAUCAAGGCAGAUGCAGGCUGCACAGCUGACAGUAUUUCAGUGUUCUGGGCCGAUACCAACGGAGCAGUUACCUACAUAACUACAGCUGAAGGAUCUGAUGGCGAACACUCUUUUUGCACCUCUAGUCACAACAACUGCCACUUGACUGAUCUGCCAUGUGGCCAGUCUUAUAACAUCUCUGUCAUUGCAUCCAACUCCAAAUGCAACAGUUCUAGAAGCAACACUGUCUUUGCUUAUACAGCCCCAUGUCAACCAACAUAUCCAAAUGUAUUUGUGGACUGCAUAACUAACCAAGUAUUAGUGAUGUGGGAGCAAAGCCAAGGAUCCAGCUCUUACAAGGCAAUACUGCAAGGGAGCAACGGCCAGAACCUGACCUGCAAUGCGACCCUGGAUAACUGUCAGAUACAAAACCUGCCCUGUGGCCAGCAAUACAAUGUCAGUGUAAUAGGCCAGGAUGGAAUUUGUACAAGUCCACCAUCAGAUAGUGUACUGAUAUCCUCAGUUCCAUGUGGCCCAGAACACAUUGAAGCAGAUACUGACUGCCUGACAGGCAUUGUUACAGUGCUAUGGGAUGCCAGUGAGGGUGCCCACAUGUACAGUGCCAUAGCAGAAUCAGUAAAUGGAACCCAGAACGUCUGUAAUAGCACCGAUACAAACUGUAUCAUGGCAGGGCUUGAGUGCGGACAACCUUACAUGAUCUCAGUCCGAUCGUCAUCAGGGAAUUGUCAAAGCAUGCCAAGUAAAGAAGUUCUCAUUCAGCAAGUGCCAUGCCUCCCUCAGAAAGUCAAGAGUCAGCCCACGUGUCCUGGGAGCUCCCUCACAUUGAGCUGGGCCCCGAGCGUUGGAGCUUCUUCCUAUACAGCUGCAGCAUGGGAAGAGGAUCAGUUGGUCCUCUGCAGUUCCACUGAACCAUCUUGUGAGUUUCAGGACUUGAAAUGCGGCUGGACGUACCAUAUAAAUGUUACCGCCACUGGUGGGAACUGCACGAGUGCACCAAGUUUAGUCCAUAGCAUCCAAACAGCCCCAUGUCCUCCCAAGGAAGUAACAAGCCAGAUUGAUUAUACAACGAACAUUGUGACUCUGGAGUGGCAGCCCGGCCGACAUGCAAAUACCUACACUGCCACCGCCAUAGGAAAUUAUGGGCAUGUGACAUCUUGUCAAUCCACAAACUCAAGUUGCCAAUUUAAAGAUUUGAGGUGUGGUGAAAAAUACAAUUUCAGCAUAAUAGCCACUGACGGCAACUGUGACAGCAUUCAGGUGAUGGUCCCAGAACAAGAAACAGCUCCAUGUAUUCCACAAAACAUGGGAAUCAUCUUGGAUUGUGACACCAACAUCGCGUUGGCUUCUUGGGAUAGAAGUAAAGGGGCCCUGGGCUACACCGCAAUGGCACAGGAUGUCAAUGGGAAAAUAUACACGUGGAACACGACUGACACGAGCUGCUCAAUGGCACACUUACAGUGUGGACUCCAGCACAGCAUCACCGUGAAAGCACUAAGUGCCAACAGCAACAGUGCCAUCAGCAAUGUCACGACUUUUCAGACCGUACCUUGUGUCCCACUGAAUGUACAAGGUAACUUGGAGUGCAGCACUAACGUGUGGAAUGUGUCAUGGGUACAGUCACCAGGGGCUAUCUUCUACUCUCUACGACUGUCUGGGCCAAACAAUGACACAAGGACAUUUUCUUCUGAGAAUGCAUCUUUUUCCAUCGGUGAUUUGCUUUGUGCUGAAGAUUACUCUGUUACUGUCUCAGCAAUAGGCAGACAAUGCAAUAGUUCUGACAGCUACUCCACUUUCAUCAAAACAGUUCCCUGUACGCCUUUGAAUAUUGAGACUCAUUUGGACUGCAGCACAAACAUCCCCUCAGUCACCUGGGACCACAGCAAAGGAGCCAUGUCUUACAGAGCCAUUGCUGAGAGCAGCACAGGACACACCACUUCAUGUAACACCUCUGACAAUAACUGUGAUAUCUCGUUCCUGCAGUGUGGUCAGAAAUAUAACAUUUCUGUUGUGGCAGAAGAUAACAAGUGCGGUGGCUUCAGAAGCAGCUUCACUGAAAUAGAAACAGCUCCAUGUCCACCUGAAAAUGUUGCUGCAGUGAUGGACUGUAACAAUAAGACUGCAACAGUGUCAUGGAGUGCCAGUGAAAGGGCAGUGUCUUACAAUGUCUCUGCAGAAGAGAACGGUGAACAGAUCAGCAGCUGCAGCACCCAGGACACCAGCUGCCAUCUCAGUGAUCUCCAGUGUGGCAGGACUUACGAUGUCACAGUGACACCAAUAGGCAGAGGAUGUACAGGAUUUAAGAGCAGUGCAUUUAAAUUAUUUACAGGACCAUGCCCUCCAAUGAAUGUUGAAGUCAAAUUUGACUGUUUGACCAAGUUUGGAUCAGUGUCAUGGGACCUGGAACCUGGGGCGCAAGUCUAUGUGGCAACAGCAACAGAAGAUGAUGGCCACACACACACGUGCACAACAAACAGCACAGAGUGUGUCUUCAUGGACCUGCACUGUGGCAGCAUCUACAUAGUGACAGCUGUAGCGAUUAAUGGCGAGUGCAGCAGUGCGAACAGUCUGGGGUCUCAAAUAAAAACAGCACCAUGUACACCGGAGAUUGCGGAUGUUCAACUGUACUGUGAAGGAAACCUGAUUUCAGUGUUGUGGGACCAAACUGAAGGAGCUCGGUCCUAUGUUUUAUCAGUUGAUAGUCCGGAUGGGAAAACUGCCUCCCUGGUCACCAAUGAUACUUCUCAAGAUGUCGUACACUUGCAGUGUGGAACGAUUUACAUGUUCUGGCUCACAGCCCAAGGCGAGAUGUGCAACACAAGCAUGAUGCACUCAGUAAAGAGAGAAACAGCACCAUGUCCUCCUCGCAAUGUCCAAGCUGAGAUGGACUGCGGCCUUAACACUGGCAAUAUCACAUGGGAGAAAAGCAACGGCGCACAGUCGUACAUCGCAGUAGCAGAAGGAGUACAUGGGCACCUGACUUCUUGUAACAGUAUAGGCACCUCCUGUGACAUGAAACUGGACUGUGGACAAUUGUACCGCAUAACUGUAGUAGCAGCCAAUAACAACUGCAACAGCUCAAAUGAGAAAUCUAUUAACAUUGCAUCAGCACCAUGCCUACCCCAAAAUGUUCAAGCUGAGCUGGACUGCAGUUCAAACAGUUUAUCAGUUCAAUGGCAGCAGAGCUCAGGAGCUGAAUCCUAUACAGCAAUGGCAAUCGGGAGUAAUGGGGUGACAGCAACUUGCAACACAACAGAUACGACCUGCAACAUCAGCAGCCUGGAGUGUGGGCUGACAUACAGCAUUGCGGUGACAAGUUCAUCUCUCAAAUGCAACAUCAUUAAGGGAUCUGAUUAUAAAAUCCAAUCAGCUCCUUGUAUGCCUGAAGGAAUCAGUACACAAUUGGACUGUGCCACAAACAUCAUUGCAGUAUCAUGGAAUAGCAGCAAGGGGGCGAUCUCCUACAUGGUCAUAGCAGAAACGUCUGAUGGAAAAGCCAUCAAUUGUACUAGCAGUGGCACAGCCUGUGAGCUGCUUGGUGCUCAGUGUGGAGACAUUUACAGCAUCACAGUUCAUGCAGCAGACAACAAAUGUAGCAGCUUGAAGAGUCCAGAAAUGUUUAUGAAAACAGUGCCCUGUGUUCCUGAACACCUUAAUUAUAAUUUGGACUGUGAAACUAACAUUGCCAUGGUGAGGUGGGAUUACAGCAUGGGAUCUCUGUGGUAUGUGGUGGAAGCAAAGGGAAAGAGUAACCACUCAACAAACUGCAGCUCACAAGACACAAACUGUAACCUCUCCGACUUCCUCUGUGGCCAGACUUACACAGUCACUGUUACUGCAGAGGAUUCCACAUGCAGAAGCGCUCCAAGUUCUGCAAUUGACAUCAAAGCAGCUCCUUGCAAACCACAUAUCAUUUCCACUCACCUUGACUGUGUUGCAAACUCCAUCUUUGUGAACUGGGAGACAAGCGACGGAGCAACAUUCUACUUGUUGAACGCCGAAGAGUACGGUGGAUCUGUGAACUCCUUCAAUACAACAGAGUCUCACUAUGAUUUGAUGGGCCUGAAUUGUGGGCAGAAGUACUUCAUAAGAGUGGUGGCAUCUGAUGAUGCUUGUGCCAGCUCAGAAAGCCUAGUGGAGGAAGUGGUGUCAGCGCCUUGUGUUCCUGAAAAUAUAACCACAUCUGUUGACUGUUUCUCCGACUCUGCCACCAUAUCCUGGUACUUGAGUGCUGGGGCUGACUUUUACACAGCCAGGAUGCUCUCCUCCUCACAGCACAGUGCCCACUGCCAAACUAACGACACGUCUUGCAUCAUCCCUGGACUGCAGUGUGGGCAAAUAUAUGAAGUGGGUGUUGUGGCCCACGAUCAGAGGUGCAACAGCACUGGAUUGCUUCUGAAUAACCUACAAACAGAGCCCUGUAUGCCGCAGAAUGUCCAUGCAAUAUACUCAGCAAACAUGGCCGAGGUAGGCUGGGACCACAGUCUGGGUGCCGGCUCAUACACCGCUGAAGCACUAAGCAUUCUGGGGCAUUGGGAAAAUUGCGAAACCACAGACACAAGAUGCAAGAUUGAAGGCCUGCUAUGUGGAGAAAUUUAUAAUGUCACUGUCUCAGCACACAAUGACGUGUGCAACAGCACAAUAUCUGAGGUCAAAGUCAUUGAAACAGAGCCCUGCCCUCCUCAGAACGUAGUUGUGGAUGUGGACUGUGAGGAUGGACUUGUCUCAGUUUCCUGGGAGGAAAGCGCAAACACUGAAUCCUACAUUGUGACCGCCGAAAAAGAUAAUGUAUUGAGAGCAAUGUGCCAUAUCUCUGGAACAAGCUGUCACAUUCCUGACCUGGAGUGCGGUCAGGUGUAUGCCCUAAGUGUUAGAGCACAAAACGCUCAAGGCAACAGUUCUGAAAGCUCCGUGGUCUACAUAAACACAGCACCUUGCCUGCCUGCGGAGUUUGAUGCCGUGUUGAACUGUAAUAACAACAAUACUGCGUGGGCAUUCUGGAGCCCGAGCCAUGGUGCUGAAUACUAUACAGUGAGUGCACAGGGAGCCGAUGGACAAAGUGUCUCGUGUAACACCACUGAUUCUUCAUGUAACCUUACGGAUCUUCACUGCGGUGAGAUGUACAACCUCAGUAUGAUCGUUAGUGAUGAACAGUGUCAGAGAUUCUAUUCAGUGCACACCACAGUUACAACAGUCCCCUGUAUACCAUUUCACAUCAGUGCUGACUUAUCUUGUGACAACCAAACUGCCCUGGUGACCUGGGAUGCGAGUGAAGGAGCAGAGUCCUACCAUGUGACAGCCUGGACAGACUCUGGGGACAGCAGAGAAUGCCACAGCACUGGCUUAGCUUGUGACAUCAGGAAUUUGCAGUGUGGACAAACCUACCACGUGGCAGCUGUCGCGGUUGGCUCGGAGUGUAGAAGUGAACAGAGCCCACCCGAAGAGAUCCAGACAGCCCCAUGUAUACCUCAGAAUCUCCAAGCCUCCUUUACAUGUGGCAGUGACGCUGUGUCUGCAGUCUGGGAGGAGAGCCCUGGAGCUGAAGUGUACAUUGUGACUGUCAUGGGAGCCAAUGGGCAGGUAGUAAGCUUCAACACAACCGACACAGGCCUGGAAAUUAUGGACCUCUUCUGCGGACAGACUUACAAUAUGAGCGUAAGAGCGCAGAAUGAGAUAUGCAGCAGCGCAGAAAACACGUCUGUGGAGUUUCAAACCACCCCCUGUAUUCCCCAGGACGUUUCAACCACCAGUGACUGCUUGAAAAAUCAUGGGCUGGUUUACUGGACAGAGAGUGAUGGUGCUGUUUUCUAUACGGCGAUCGCCCAGGGGCUGGAUGGCCACCAGCAUAUUUGCAAUACUGAGGAGACAAGUUGCAACUGGACCGACCUUCACUGUGGAGAGGUGUACAAUGUUUUUGUUAUGGCACACGACUACAGCUGUAACAGCUCAGUGAGCAAUACAUCCACAAUAGUAACGGGUCCCUGCACUCCACAAAACUUUGGUGCUUCUGCUCACUGUUCUCUUAAUGGUAUCUUGGUGAGCUGGGAUGCCAGCGAGGGAGCCGCAGAGUAUCAAGUCACAGCACAGGAUGCAAAUGGAUUCACUGCAGAGAGCCGUUCAAACAUCACCAGCUGUGACCUCACAGAGCUUCCCUGUGGAGAGAUCUAUUCUGCUACUGUUACUGCACUCAGCAACAACUGCCUAAGUCCACCCAGUUCCAAGGUUUACUUCAAAACAGGUCCAUGCCCUCCUAUAGCAGUUUCAGUCCAGCCGGACUGUUCAGGGAACAGCAGUUUGGUGCGGUGGACAGAAAGCAAUGGAGCCUUAUAUUAUAUGGCCACGGCAGAGACCACAGAUGACACAAAGCGAUUCUGCACUUCUGUUGGUACACAGUGUGAAAUAAAUGGCCUGCAAUGUGGGCAGCUCUACUACAUAAAUGUGGUCGCCGUGGAUUACCAGUGCAAUUCCACCGAAGUUCCAUUCACUGAAGUCCAAACAGCCCCAUGCAGACCACAGAAUGUCAGCGUCCAGAUAGACUGUGCAACCAACAGUUCCCUGGUGUCCUGGGUUCAUGCUGCGGGGGCCAUAAACUACACUGCAACUGCACAGAGCAACUCGGGCAAAGUUUACUCAUGCACUACCGACGGACAGGAGUGUGAACUCCAAAAUUUGCCUUGUGGCCAGCUAUAUAUGGUGCAAGUAGUGGCAAUGGACAACACCUGCUCUAGCCUGCCAAGCACAGCGGUGAACAUUCAAACAGCUCCGUGUGUUCCCAAAAUCAGCGAAGUAUUUCUGGAUUGCUUAAAUAAUACCUUCCUUGUGCAGUGGUCUCAAAGCGAAGGAGCUAUAGACUACACAGUAACUGCAACGGCACCCAACGAGCACAUUGUUGGCUGCAGUAGCAACUCGACGAACUGUGAGAUCGGUGAUUUGAUGUGCAGUCAGUUGUACAGCAUAAGAGUGAUGGCCUUUGAUGAUCAAUGCAACAGCUCAGAAAGCACUAGCUGGUACAUGGAAACAGUGCCAUGUGUGCCCCAAAUUGUUCAAACACGAUUGGACUGUAACAAGAAAGGAGCUUUUGUACAAUGGAAUCCAGUAGAUGGAGCACAGCUGUAUGUUGUGAAUGCUACAAGCAACCAAGGAGAUGAAGCAACAUGUACAACUAACAAAAACUUCUGUGAAAUGACGGAAUUACAGUGUGGAAGCAUUUACAAUGUCAGCGUGACUGCAGCUAACCAACUGUGUGAUACCUCACAGAGCGAACCAGAGGAGCUAAAAUCAGCACCUUGUGUGCCAGGGUAUGUGACCGCCACCAAUGACUGUGACACGGGUACAGUGACAGUGUCCUGGGAAGAAAGCAGUGGUGCAACAUUCUACACAGUGAUGGCUCAUGGGAGUAGAGGAUAUCUAACAACUUGUAACGCCACAGGGACAGAAUGUCAGCUGACAGAUCUGCUGUGCUCUCAUUCCUACAAUAUCACAGUCACGGCAACAGACGACAUGUGUACCAGUCUUGAAAGCCAUCCAGUCACUUUAGACACAGUUCUUUGUGCUCCUCAACAAGUCACUGGUAAGCUCUUAUGUGACACCAAAGCUGGUUUGGUAUCCUGGAUGAAUGAGGAAGGCGCCAAUCUGUAUAGUGUCAUGGCAGUUGGGCCCGACGGACACAUGACACAGUGCAACACUACUCUCUCCAGCUGUGAGCUGACCAACUUGCACUGUGGUCAGUUCUAUAAUUUCACUGUAACUGCCCUGGAUGGAGUGUGUGAUAACGCGCAGAGUUCAUCAGAGCUCCCAGCCCCUUUAUGUGCCCCGCAAAAUGUGGAAGCAUUCCUGGAGUGCAGCUCCAACACUGCCUACGUGUCAUGGGAGAUGACCACUGGAGCAGCAGCCUAUGUGGUCUUCGCCAACAGCAGUAACAACUAUGAUGUGUCCUGUAAUACGACAGACACCUUCUGCAUGCUCCACGAUCUUCACUGCGGAGAGAAGUACAACGUGACCGUUCUGGCAUUGGAUAACAUCUGUGACAACAUUUACAGUGCUAGUGUUGAGAUCCGAACAGGGCCAUGUCCACCGGAAAAUGUUGUAGCAGACAUUGACUGUUAUACAGGAAUAAUGUCUGUCAGAUGGGAUUCUGUUCCUGGUGCCACCUUCUAUGCUGUGCAAGCAACAGCUGGUGAAGACAACAGCUUUUCGUGUAACGGAACGGACACCACCUGUGGCAUCACUGGGUUACCCUGUGGGCUCUCAUUAACUGUCACCACUACAUCCAGCUAUGAUGACUGCCAAAGCACACCUAGUCAAGAAAGUCUUAUUGCAACAGCUCCCUGCACUCCUCUGAAUGUUAAAGGAUACCUCGACUGUGUAACGAAUGCAGCAUGGGUUUCAUGGAGCCAGGCAGACGGUGCCGAGAUCUACAAUGUCACAGCCAUUAGCAGUGGAGGCCAUCAGUCUUCAUGUACAUCAACAAAUGUAACCUGUGGUGUGCCUGAUCUGCAAUGUGGAAACAAGUAUACAUUCUCUGUGACCGCCAUCAGUAAAGACUGCUUGAGCAUGCCGAGCGCUCCCUUUGAUUUGGAAACAGCACCAUGCAUCUUGAAUGGUCUCACCUUGCUAAACCAAUGCAACAGCAGCACCAUAAAUGUGUUGUGGAACCGCACAGAGAGCAGCCAGUUGUACAUUGCCACAGCGGAGGGCAGUGAUGGCAGCAUGUACACCUGCAACAGCACAAAGGAAGGCUGCAACUUAAACUCGGUGAACUGCGGCACUGAGUACACCAUCAUCGUGGCAGCAACCUCGGACAAGUGCAGCAGUUUGAGAAGUCCUCCUUCCAAAAUCACCACAGCUCCUUGCAUUCCAACUGACGUCAGAGCCUUUACGGAUUGUCAAUCAGGCGUGAUGAACGUGUCCUGGAGUUCAAGUCCAUUUGCAGAAUUCUACAUGGCGACUAUCAUGGGUGUCAACGGAGCGCAAACAUCGUGCAACACAUCUGGCACUACCUGCACAUUUGCAGACUUGGUGUGCGGCCAGACUUACGAGGUAUCGGUCACAGCCAGUCAUGAACGCUGCAGAAGCCCACCAAAUCUUGCCAUCAGCGUUAACACUGUGCCAUGUGCUCCAGAAGGUUUAAACAUAGAUAUGCAGUGUGAGUCCAGCUCAGCACUGCUUUCCUGGAUGAAGAAUGACGAAAUCCUGGAGUAUUACGCUUCAGCCACUUUGGCCGAUGGAGAAAUCCUGUGGUGCACCACUCAGUGGACGGGCUGCACAAUAAAUGAGCUAGCAUGUGGCUCAAGCUAUAACUUUGCACUGGUGGGGUUUGAUGGCACCUGCAACAGCUCUUUCAGCAAUCCCAUCACACAAGGAGCAGUUCCAUGCCCUCCAGAAAAUGUAACCAUGUCACUGGGACCAAUGACAAAAAGCACACAAGAGCUACAAGCCGUAUGGAGUGAAGUCCAGUGUGCUGAAGAGUAUAUGUUGGAGGUCCAUGGACUUAUCACUGGUGACCCCGAGAGCCAGUUCCUUCUGACAUCCUACUGGACUACAGACCCCUACUUUUACAUCCCACUCUUGUGCAGCUCUGUGUACAAUGUGUCCAUGAUCUCCAGGAAUGUGGCAGGGAUUGGUGACUCUAGUGUUCCCGUGCAGGGCUUGACAGCUCCCUGCACUCCCAAUGGAAUCACUGUUGACUCGGUUGUCGAUGGUUUGGUGGUCGUUUCAUGGAAUGCAUCCAUCUUUGCCACAGAGUACUGGCUUCUAACACCCGACGAUUCGACUCUAUGCAAAACAUCCCAGCUUUCAUGUGAAUUACCAAUCAAUAUCAGCAGCAGUGCCAAACUUGUCGCUGUCAAUUCAGCAGGGGAAAGUGAGCCAAGUGAAUCCAUUUCACUAACCAGCAGUCACAUGCAGCGAAAAAGACGAGAUCUCCACGAAGAGUCUGAAGAAAUUAAUGGUGAACUUUUACCCCCUCAGCUACACGUCCUCAGCAUAACCAAUGACACCCUACAUGUGGAGUGGACGGCCACCGAAGGUGCAACACACUACCUACUGAUUGUGAAAGAAGUAACGGCAUCCAAACCUUUCAAACCGAUCGUGCAGUCCGUACAGGAGACUUCAGCCAAAGUGAGUGGGCUUCAGCCUUUCACAAACUACAAGGUUGUGGUGUCAGCCAAGGACUCCACGAGAAGCAGUGCCUACUCCGAUCCUGUCUUCAUAACCACCGAUGUGUCUUUGCCAGUCAGGUCAUCUGCACAGCUGUAAUCGGUGCUUUUUUGAACAAAGUGCGUCUAAGCCUCUGCUUUUGCAAUUGUGCUAACAUCUCAUCAGCUAAAGUAUAAUCAUUUUGAAUUCACAUGUAAACUGAAGAUUACAUUUGCAGGUAUAUGAACAUGUGUGCAUCUAUUUGUGUUGUGUAUAUAUAAUAUAUACAAAUAAUAUAUAUAUAAGCUCAUUUCUGUAUCACCAUUUUACACAAUGCAAGCCAAUUUCAUUUUAAAUAACCAAACAAGCAACCUGUCUUCAUACCGCUUAAUAAAAUGCCAUCCUAUUGCCUUGAAUAUCAAAA